AUGCAAGUAGAAGGGCCUGAUACUAAUUUUGGAAAUGAUCUGGUUUUGGGAUCCAAGAAAAGAAGAUUAUCUAAAGCUUCUGUUCAUGGAAACGAUCAUGUAGAUGUGGAGCUGGAAGUAAAGAAGAACAAGAAGAAAAAAAAGGAAAAACCUAUAAAAUGUACGUUACAAAAGACUAUUGUUGAAAAAGGUAUUGGUAUCAAGGAUGUAAGGGACAUGACGCAAUACUUGUUACAAGCUGAAAACAACUCUCCAAAGUGGAUAGAUAUUAGUAAUAGGUCCAGCUUACAGAAAAUGAUUGUUCUAUUUAUUGCAGGUUUACAACCAAGUGAUUUUGAAAAUGGCACAAAUAUCUUCAAUGAAAUUAAUGAUAGCAAGUUCAAAUACAUUCCUGAGGAAGUUGCUGCCAAAUUCCAUACAUUUCCUGUUAUGGCACCAGGUUCCAAGAUGACACUAUUUUCACCAUACAAUUCAUUCAUCAAUGUUGGAUUAUCCAAAUUAGAAAAAAUAAAUAAAUUGAAGGAGCUGCAAAAAAAGAAGAAAAUUACUAUCAACGAUUUAAUUUUAUCCGAACAACAGUUAAUAGCGAAUGAUUACCCACUAGAUUCUGCAGACACGAACAAUGCAGGUUGGGUAAAAACUGUCGAGUUUGCUCAUGAGGGCUCACACAUCUUUGCACUAGACUGUGAAAUGUGUCUCUCAGAACAAGGUUUAGUUCUCACUAGGAUAUCUCUAGUUAAUUUUGAUAAUGAAGUCAUCUACGAAGAAUUAGUAAAGCCUGAUGUUCCUAUAGUGGACUACUUGACACGGUACAGUGGGAUAACUGAAGAGAAGCUGGCAGUUGGUGCUAAGAAAACGCUGCCAGAAGUGCAAAAAGAUCUUCUAAAGAUAAUAAGUAGUUCAGAUAUUUUGAUUGGACAUUCGUUACAAAAUGACUUGAAAGUCAUGAGGUUGAAGCACUCAUUGAUCGUGGAUACGGCUAUUAUAUAUCAUCAUAAAGCUGGUGAUCCUUUCAAACCCAGCUUAAAAUACUUGAGUGAAACCUUUUUGAAUAAAAUUAUUCAAAACGGUGAACAUGAUUCCGUUGAAGAUGCAAGGGCUUGUCUUGAAUUGACAAAACUGAAAAUCUUGAACGGAUUAGCAUUUGGAAUAGGAAUCAAUACAGAGAAUUUGUUCACUAAAUUACACCGUUUUGAAGUGAAGACUAUGCUUCUCAACGAUAUGAUCGUCAAGAAUCACACUGAGGACGAUUCCAAGGGCCACUUGAUACGUUGUAUUGAAGAUGAUGAGACAUGGACGCAUAUUCAUGAGAAUUUAAAUAAAUAUUUUAAGCUUAUUGUAGGGAGAUUGAAGAACCUGGAGAGAUCACGUAAUUAUAUUAAAAAGCCACGGAAGAGUUCUGAUUCUUUGGAUGCAUCUUUAGUUCUUCAAGAUAUUGGACAAAAUAUAACAAAGUUGUACGAGAAUGCCACACCAGGUACCAUGAUAUUGAUCAUGUCAGGUACAGGGGAUACAAGACCAUGGAACAGUCUCUCCACAGAGUUAGAGAUCAUUCAAGAUAAAAAGGAAAGAUUUGAUAAAAGACGUGAAAAGGAACCUGAGAUAGUAAAAGCUAUAAAGUUAGCCCGAGAUGGUGUAGCAUCAUUUACUGUAAAAUAA